AUGCCUACCCCGGAAUUUACAUACAGACAACCAUCCAUAUUCUCCUUUCUAUCCGCCAAGCAGAGACGUGCCACUGCUCUAACUCAAAUUCGUAAACUUGUCUCUGUUACAGAUGGUAACACCCCUUCCGGGCCUUCCUCCUCCGUUGCCAAAUGGGAUAUCACAGCUGCAGAGCUCUCCAACCUCCUGCAAACACGUAAUAUCGAGGGUCACACGGCGCCAUAUUGGGCAACUGUGAAUCACCGGCAAGAAGUACGCUCGGCAUUUACUAAGUUAUUCGAAGUUGAUAACUUCAAAUUUUCGCCCGAAUGCUCUUCCGACCUACGUCUUGCAUGCAUGCGAACUAGCAACCAUACAUUAUUCUCGGACCUGAAGUUGCAAAAUACCAAUGCCAAGAACGAGUCUUUAAGACUGUUUCUGGGCUGUCAACCAGAUAAGGUUACGGACCCGGUGGAUAAUGGGGGAGACAACCACCAGUUCAUUGUUUCCUUCGAUAUCGAGAAGUUCCAGAAACGCCUGUGCACUACACGAGAAUUAAAUUAUGAGUUUGUUGCACGUGGACGUAUAUGGCGAUUCUCCUUCAAUGUGGGGCCUGAGGGGAAAUGGGUUGCUAGCUGUGGUCUCUCUUCGCCCAGUCUUCCAGCUUGUGCACGUUCUUCUCUCCGGCUAGAAACUCAUACAACUGGCCGUGGAACACCCAGAAAGGUACACAAGGAUGAGGGAACAGAAUUCAAGGAAAUACGAGCGCCGAAGGGUAUGCGACUAUUCUUUGUUUCCCUGUUGGCUAUACAGAAAGAUGGGCAAUGUAGAUGGAAAAGCCAAGCCCACCUAUUGGGAAUCGAAGUUGAGCGAUCAGUGGGUAACAUACGAGUAAGUCUUUUGCUUCCUCAACCUUAUCUUGGAAUGGUGAUUGCUGUGAACAACAUAUCUCGCCACUCUUCUCCUCUGACGAUUUCAAUUGACUGUGUUGUUGUAGCAAUCCCAAUGAUCUGGCCUGUGAUGACACCCUACAUGCAACGCUGAAGAUCACACUCGAAAAUACUCCGCCCGUUAUGACAGGUUCGCCUUCGCGCACUUGAAGUCCAAUACAUACAUCUGCACGUUCAUAACACGCUCACAGACCGUACAUUUCAUACAGGUUGUGUUUUGCUGUACCUCUAGCUUCAUUCGGUGUUUUGUGUUGCUCCAUGUCUUGUCUUACUAGUUGUCGUCCUACGUACUUGAUUGUGACCAGAACAUUGUAUCCCUGUUCUAUUUGAUCUUUUGGUUGUAUGCGAACGAAAUCACCUAUGGUUCAACAGAAUACCAGUGAGUGUCACGAUAUUUAUAAUAGCUCGCGGACCCUGCCUAUGGUGCGAGGAUAAAUGUACAAAAAAAUCUCAUAAAUCGAUAAAUUUAACAUUGUCCAG